UCUCUCUCUUCCCUUUUUUCCAACCCGUCUUCACUCUGUCGACAUUACUUGUCAUCACCUUUGGAAUUUUCUCGCAACAGCAAUUAAGCACCAUUUAUUUAUAUAUAUUGCUAUCCAUUUGACUGCCUAAGCUCUCUCUUUCUUUGGUGCCCCCGCGAGUCUGAGAGUUAAGGAGAGAAGGGAGAGGGAGAAAGAGGGGAAGAGAAUGGGUGUCUCAGAAGAAGAGAUGCUGGUCCAAAUGGUUCAUGACUUCAUUGAAUCAGAUACAUCAUCCAUGCCCACCUCCAUUCCAUCCUCCUCGCAGGCCAUUUCUCUCCACCACCACACAUACCUCAUUCUUGAGGGGAUGAUUAGGAGUGCUACCGAUGCUGAGAUGGAGGUUUUUGAGAAGGCCUUGAAGUAUGUGAGAGAGAUGGGAGAAGAAAGGAAGAAGAGCUGUGUAAAGAAGAGGCUAAUGAUGAAAUUGAGGAUGGAUGGUUAUCAGGCUUCCCUAUGUAGAUCUUCUUGGGUUACAACCUUGGAGUGUCCUGGAGGGGAUUAUGAGUAUAUAGAUAUUGUGAUGGCAGAGGAAAAUGGUGCCUCAUGCAGGCUAAUAGUAGACAUAGAUUUCAGAUCCCAGUUUGAACUGGCCAGACCAACAUCAGCCUACACCAAACUCUCCAACAUCCUCCCCCAGAUCUUUGUUGGAAAAGAAGAGAAGCUUAAGAGGGUGGUCUCCCUCCUAUGCUCAGCUGCACAGCAGUCUCUGAAAGAAAGGGGCCUCCACAUCCCUCCAUGGAGGAAGUCAAGCUACAUGCAGUCCAAAUGGCUCUCAUGCUGCCACAAAGCCUCCUCCAUCCCCUACCCCAACAUCUUAUCCACCAAGGACUUGGCCCAGACAGCAAGGACUCUCUCCUCCCAAGCCAAAGAUAGGGGCAGCAGGCCUAAAGGGACACAAGGGUCUGGCUUGUCAAGCCAGUUCUCUGACCUUAGUAUAAAUUGUUGCUGACUUUGAUGUCAUUAAGUAGUGACAUAUGGUGAGGAGCCUCAGAGUAAUGGUUUUGUCAUGACAUGGACUUUGUGUUAAUUCUUUUUUGCAUUGAGGUACUUGUCAAAGAAGGGCAUAUCUAUCUAGUUUCUGUGCUGAUCUAUAUGAAAAAGAGAGAGAGAGAGAGAGAGAGAGAGAGAGAGAGAGAGAAAGUUAAUGGUGAUGGGUGGAUUGCUACCCACUGUAAGUUUCAGAAUGUCAUCUUUGGGCUCAUUUCAUAGGAGCAUCUGUUCCUCCAGGGAUUUCUUAGGA